GCCUCACGUCAGUUCAUCACUGCAUUACCGCAACCUUCUCAAAUUCAUACAAUGGCUCGCCGUGCAGCACCACCCAACGCAUCUCCUGCAUUCUUGUCUGCACCUACCACACGCCGUGCAAUUCAUGAUCCAAACGAGUCGUCGUUUUCUCGUUUCAUGCGAGAACAAAUAUGGGCACCAGAAAAGCUACCUGGUAAUAUCAGCAUCAUUACUGGAGUGAGCGUAUUUGCUGGUGGUGUUUUUGUGGCGAGGACAUUUGGCGAGCUUUUUAUCCCUGCAUGAGCAGGCGAACAUCUACCGCUGAAGGGGAAGGGGACGCAGAUGUUGCAGAGCUAGCAAGACAGAGCGUCACUAGGCCAUAAAAUCCCUGCAUUAUUGAUCCGGGCUUAGUACAUCGAGUGGUUAAUUUACAUCUCGACCAAUCGGUCUUGGGGAGGAAUAUUCUCAUAUUAUACGACACCUUCAUACUAUUACGCCGGCCACUAGAAUGUCAAGUUGUUUCAUCU